CGCGAGCGUCCUACUAGUGCCUGCUAGUACUACCUCUCGUAAUCUCCUCUCAGUUCGUGGAACACAAUCGCACAAAUCUUUAGCAAGUCAGCAAGCCGACUCCCUUCGCUCUUCUCGGCUUUUAACAAACGUGGCGGCGCUCAGCACAUCGUAAUCUUUGGGCUAAGCGCGGGCAUGCCGCCGGCCACCCCAGCUGAGCUGGAUGCGCUUCAAGCACAACUCACUCAACGGCUACUUGAAAGUGGAGAUUGGGAACGUAUCCGAUCGACACUUGCCACGCGCCUGAACGACAUUGGAUGGGUUGAUGAGCUGCGUAGCCGUGCUAAAGAGCAUGCGCGCAACUCGCCAAGGAUGUCGUAUAGUGCCCUCAUAGAUGAAGUCGGUGUCCAAACACCAUCGAUUCCUCCCGCCCUACGUCGGGAGAUACUCAAUCAGAUCCGCCUUUCGGUUGACAAGCAGGUGGAAUAAGUGGAACUUCGUGUUUAGGCGAGUGCUUGACUAUAUGGAAACGGAACAAUCGCUGACACGUCACAGUCCAAGUACUAUACAAUGCACUAGCAACAGAAAAGCUGCAUCUUUCCUCAAGUGCCUAUUUAUGUGGGCGCGCACGUACCGUCGACCAUACCAUGACUGUGUAGAUUGUCUCUGCUAUCAAACUUGUCCUGUGCGCCACAAGUGCUUUCCAGGGUUUCGAAUUGGACAUGUUCAUGACCGAAAUCGCAUCGAGUCACGAACUUGUCAUUAUCGUUCACGCUGCCCUGGAUACUCAAUUCUGGAGAAGAUGAUGAUCGCUUCGUCCA